AUGCGCUGCGAGCGCGACCAGCACGUCUGCACGCCCUUCAUCCGCUGCGACGAGGCCGACAUCACCAGCGAUCGAUUUCCGCAGCAGGACCCACAGUGCAGUCGCCGCAACCAGGCCGGCCUCUGCACGCGUACCGUCGUCCCCAAAGACGGCGAGUCGCGCUUCGGCGAGUUCCCCUGGAUGGCGGCCGUGCUGCGCGUGCGGGAGGCAUACGGCGACCAUCGCAACUUCUGCGUGUGCGGCGGCUCACUGAUUCACCCGCAGGUGGUGUUGACCGCCACCCAUUGCGUGCACGACCUUCCCAGGUCGGCGCGACUGCUUGUGCAUUUUGGCGAGUGGGAAACACGGCGGGGGAGCGAACACCCCCGGCACGUGGACGCCGAAUACGUCACUGCCGGUUGGGGCAGGGGUGCUUUUCAAAACAGGCAGCUACAGGCGGUGCUGAAGCAUGCAGAGCUGCCGCUGGUGCCUCACGCUUCGUGCCAGGACGCGCUGUGCCAGACCAGGCUGCGGGCAGGGGCACGUACACCGGUGACAGCGGCUAUUGUUUAG